UCGGGGAUUUGUGCGUGGGUUUAGUCUCGGAAACACCACGGGGCUGAAGCAUUGCUUGCUCCAGUCUUAACGCUCCUGGGACUGUGCAUGAUUAUAGUCUAUACUGCAUCUUCUGAUCUAACGGCGGUAGAGCGCGCGCUACAAUUUCGCGCUUUCUUUACCUCCCCGCGUGCGCUCGGUUUGACGUGAGAGGCGAGAGGCGGCCUACGGGUAAAGUUGACAUCCUAACACCUGAUACUGGAUUAAGGCGUGUACAGCACAGUAUUACCAGGCACAAAUUACCAGGCAGCAGUUGAGAUGAAACCAGAUGAAGUAGCUACAACUCCGGCUGAGCCAGCGGAUGAUGCAGUUGAGCCUGUUCCUGGAGCUGCUGUCAAUGAGGAGCAGGAACAUCAAGACUCGAGUCCAUCGUCUCCACAGCCUGAGAAGCCUCAAAAUGAAGGCAUGCAGGAAGGAGCACAUGCAGUGUUGCCGCCUCUUGAUAAAGAGGUAAAUGAAAAGUUUUUAAAGCCUAAGGACAAGACUAAAGCACCAGUAAAGACCAAGUUGGGCACUAAAGCAACCACUACAACAGGUCCCACAUCUCGCUCCACUACAGCUCAAAGCCGAGUGGCCAAUGGUGUUAUGAAGACUGCGUCAAUUGGUGCAAGUAAGAAACCUGUGAGUACGGCCACAGAGAUGAAAAGUACCUCUGGUGGAACAUCUGCUCAAGUCAAGAAAGUGCCCACUGCAACAACUGUAGCUCCAAGAAUGCAGAUGAAGGCAGCUGAAAGAAAAGCUGUUGGGUCUUCCAGGCCAGUGCCCUCCACAAGCAGCGGGGUAAGGAAAACGGCAGCAGGAACAACCUCCUUGACAUUGGGCAAAAUGCCAGGUGCAGGAGUCAGCAAUGCUUCAUUCAAACCCAAGACCACAGCACCAAGGCCUACUCAUGCACCUACUGCCAAAGCCAGUGUUUCAGCUCCCUCUAAAGCUGCCCCCAUACCAAAGACAACGAGGCCCACUGUAGCAACUGCUUCUCGCCCUAUGACUUCCACUGCACCAGUUAGACUAACAACCACUGCUGGUAAACCAACAGCAUUAAAAACCGUCAUCUCUACUCCCUCUGCUGCUGACUCUGCAUCAUCACAGCCUUCAAAAGUCUCUGCUUCUGUAGCAGCUAAAAAAGAUAUGAAAACAACCACCAGUGCAGCAUCCAGAAAACCAAUGGCCUCUACCACCACUACGCGCUUUACGGCUACAAAGGCUUCCAAACCCGAACCUCCCAAACCUGCUGCAAAGCGAUUACCAGCAGGCCCGAAACCCUCUCAACCAAAAUUGGAUGAAGCAAAACAAGUACCAACACGAAAGGUCCCCCCAAGUCCUCGAAAUAUUUCCUCACGCCCUGCUGCAGGCAGAAUGGCCAGAGACUUCAAUAACCAAAAGCAGGGAGCAAAUGGUAGCUCUGUAAAGCAUCAAACAGCCAAACCAACACAGUCUGUUUUGCCAUUAGUUGUCACAGAAAAACCUUCUAAAGAACAAUCAUCUGAGCCUGUGGAGCCCUCUGCAGUUUUGGAAACUGCAGCCUCUGUAACAACUGCAGCCUCUGUAACAACUGCAGCCAUAGCACCUGUAGAGUCUGUGAUGGACGCACCUUCAGUAGAGCUAGCGCAGCAUGAUCAACAGACCAGUGCACUUGUGGAAGGUCAGGAAGAAGGAUUACAAGUACCUGCCCCAGAGCCUACAAAUGUAGAGUGUGUUUCUAUCAAACAAACAAUAGAUGAUGAACCAUUAACCAUUCAGUCAGAAGCUAAUGUGCCAGUAUUUGUAACAUCUAAUCCGCCAACCCUAGUCCCUGAACCUGAAAACGUUCAUGACAAUAUUUUGGUUGUAACACCAAUGGCACAAGAACUGAAUGAGCAAGAUGCUGUAACUGCUUCUCCAUGUGAGGUCCCACUUACUGCCCAAGUGCCUCCUAAGGAUUUGGAGGUUGUUGAGAAGCAAGAGCAAAUCAUUUGCACUUUGGAAGAGGAUGAGGAUGAGGAGAGGGAGGGCAGUCAGCAGGUAUCUGUAUCUGACAUGAGUGGUACACAGCCCACUGAAGAGUCCAGGCCUGGUUCAGCAGGUCUGACUGGUUCAGUAUGGCGAGCAGGAGGCCUGCCCUCAGAAUUUGACUCGGAGGAUGUAAGCUGCAGCCAGCAGGGGGCCUCAGAGCUUAGUGCUCCUGGUGUUUUGGAGGGUACUGAAAGUAUGGAUGACCUAGGUGAGGCUAGCCUAAAAGGUGCUGAUGGUGAAGGUGCAUCAGCUGGAUCUCCAGACUUUGAGAAGUUCCCUGAUAUUCCGGUCAAUGAAGAGGAUGACUAUUAUGAAGAUGACGAUGAGGAUCAUGUUGACGAUAUGGAAGUGGGAUCAGAAAUGACUGAAGACCCACACAGGCAGUGCAAUGACAAUGAGGAUGAGGACGAUGAUGUAGAGAUGGCAAGUGAGGGCAUCACAGAGAGUGGUCUUGAGAGUUAUGGAAAUGCAGAUGAAGAUGACUUGGCAGAAGACUACCGCUUGGACAACCUGAACCGUAUGCAACCUUCAUCUAUUGUUCCUGCUGCACUUUCUGCAGAAAGUCAAUUUGCUGAUGCGUGGAUGCAGUCACUACAAUCAGAUUCUACCUGUGUCUCCAAUCCUUCUUCCAACCCAUGGCAAACAUACUCUGAAUCACCAAAGCAACCUGCUGCUCAAGCCUGUUUGGAUGUUGAAAGUGCCAAUACUGAUCUUUCCUCUCCUGAGUCUCCAGGCUUUAGAGAUCCAGUUCCAAGCUCAUCUGAGCUGCCUUUAGUGCAUGCUGCAGAGAUUGAUAUGGGCUUUAGUCAAGGAUUGACAUCCUAUUCCCAACACAUUUCUCGGUCUAGCACUCUAGUGGGCCCCGAAAGAUCAAUCAAUACAAGCAGAGAUGCAAGCACACCUGAGGAGCCAAAAAACUACAAUAUUAGCCCUGGACUAGAGAACCCAAAACUGCCGUUACCAGUUUUGCCAGACAUUAUGCAGGAUCUAGGUCUCUGUAAAUCUGAGUGUGCAGGAUCUGAACAUGAAGAGGAAGAACUGGAGACUUUGCCUGCAGAUGACAUGUUUGUUGGUCUGUCAACUGUGACUACUUCUGCACAAUCCUCCCACUCUUCUGCCACAGGGGAAGAGGCCAGUGAUACAGAAGGGGACAUGCAGAUCAGCGACCUUAUUGAAACUGGUUCCACCGGAAAUGAAUGCUUUGACAGUAAGCAAGCUGUUCACAGCAUGUCUGCCUUGGUGGAGGAAUGUGAGGAGGCAUGCGUGGAGAUGGAGGGAGGCGGUGGAAGUGAUACUCCUCAGUCUGCCACUUCGGCUGCCUCCUAUGGUUUUGAGUGCACAACCUCUAACUCUAAUGCUCAGUCUACCACAGAGAGUUGUAUCAAAAGCCCAGGCAUUUUCUCUCUCGAAAAUGAAGAGCAGCUCCCGGAUGAAGCCAAAGACCUAUCACUUAUUAAGGAGCUGAACCUUCCACCUGCUGAUGCUCCUGCAGUUGCUAAUGUCCUUGAACAGGAAGGAGAGUUCCAGAUGAACCCUGAGCAGCAGUACAUGCUCUGUGGGAAGGUCACUGAGGAGUUGCCAGAGCCUUGCAUUGUCCCCAGUCAGACAGGCUUGGAUAGCUCUUCCCCUUCACCAACAGAGCACCAACAAAACUUGGAUCUUGAUGCACCACAUCCCUAUUACUCCACAAUAUGCGAAAAAACUGAUAGCUUCUUGACAGGAAGUGACCUCUGUGCUCAGCAGGAAGAAAAAGUGCCCAGAGUCCACAAAAAAAGGCCACCCAAGCAUCAGUCGGGACUGCGUGUGGAUCUUGUGACCCGACUGCCUUCUGAUCUUCCUCCAAGGAAGCCAGAUGUGGGGUGUAAUGCUCAACUCCGGCGGCUAGAACUUCAUCAGCAGCAGCUAGACGAGAUUGAACAGAGGCGGGAACAACAAAUCAGAAAGGCAGAGAGACCAAUGAAGGAAGAAAAUGGUGAGGAAAAGGAGGAGGUAAAGCAAGUGGAGGAAGAGCUUGAACAGAACAGGGAGGAGAAAGAGAAGGAGCUGGAGGAACAAAGAAGGGAUCUGCUUCAUCUGCAGAUUCAAAAGCAGCAGCAGGAGCUGAAGCAAAGACAGCAGAUCAUGCAGUGGCAACAAGAGCUGGAACAGCAGCAACAAAUUAAGCAUCAAAACAGUCACCAGAAGAAUUUAACUCCGGUUCUCCUGUCACCUUCUGGGUUGUGCACAAUCUAUGAGGCAUUAGAGACCAGUGAUGCAGAGGAAGACAGAAUGGAAGACAGAGAACUGGUGCUGAAAGUAAAAGUAGAACAUGAAUGCUCCCCCAAAGUGCACAUAACCAUCCCAGAGGUAGGAUCCAGUUCAGAUCAUCCAGAUUCUCCACAAUCACUGGGCACAUUACCAUCUCCAAAUCCCAUAAAGUACAAUGAAGGUCUAACUCAUUCUGGGGCUUUAGACAGCCCUCCUCUUUCUGGAUCCAGCUCUCCCCAGGAGCUUGACUGGAAUGAGAAAACUGAUAUUGUCCAGCAGCUGAUUAGCCAGACCUUACUACUAAAUGGAGAUAAAUGCUGCCCACUUUUGCUCCUCCCUGGUGGAGCUGCUGGGACACUGAGCCCACUAGAGACAAGCCUGUGGCCCAACCUGCCCCCGCUUACUCCACCUUCUGCCACAGUUACCUCUGUUAGCAGCUUCUCAACUGAGAUUUCAGGCAGUUCUCCACAAGGGGAGUGGACAGUAGUGGAGCUAGAAACUCAUCAUUAAGGCCUACUAGAAAAGCCAGACUAAUAGUAACAAAUGCAGCUUUUGGGUGUAAAGGGUAAUAAUGACAUGUACUGGAUUCAGUUUUUGCUUUGUAAGCAACAAUUUCUGAAAAUUAAUUUUCAGAACUUUUACAAAACCUUUUUACAAAAACUGUUUUCGUCACAGUGAUUCUGUAAUUUUACUCUCCCCAUUGUCUCCACCUAAUGCUACUGUAUAAGAAGGAUUUGACCGCUUUGUGUCUGAACAGUUUAUCCUAAUUUAUUUUGUACAAUUCCCUGCCUGUGCCAGACAGCCAUGAAAAUGUCAGCCAUUUUGUUAUUGCAAGUGUCUGGCUGUCUUUCUCUCAUAUAGCUUAUUCUUUUUAUGGGUAGAGCAGAGUAGGAGGCAGUUUUUGCCUCCAUUGUAAUCCAUCUUGAAGACUUGCAUGGAAGUGAGCUGGCACUAUUAAGCCUAAAAUUAAAUUGGAAUGAAAUGAUAUGGCAAUGAGUUCUGAAGUGUUAUGAUUAGCCAAUAUUCAUUUAUUUCAAUUAACUGAUGCAGUAAGUAAAGGAAUAGUCAUGAGGCUUGUGUCUUAACAUACCAGUUAACUAGUCACAGUAUGAAGGAUUGAAAGGCAUCAGUAAUACAUGAAACAUUGGGUGUAAUGAUUCUAAUAAAGGGGAUCGUUUACAGGAAAUUGUGCCAUCUUACGGCACAACACUUGGAUGAGUAAAAUGGUAGUAAUUCCACAAAAUGUUCUAUUGAAUUUAAAUGAAGGAUCGGCACAACCAGCUUAAUUUGGUAGAAAAUGGUGCUUCUAAUAUUUCUGGAAUGAAAUUGAUAUUUAUUGAUCAAUAUAAUUUGAUACACAAACUGUUCAGAUGCAGUGCUUCAACAAACUCUUUGUGGUAGUCCACACAGUCCUAAGCCAUAUUGAAUCUGUUUGUGCCUCAAUAAUGUUCCUAAAACCAGGACAGACUAUGAAUUUUGCAAAUAUAUUACACUGUGACCGAAGAGCUUGUCAAAUUCUAUAAACGGUUCUAGAACGUUUCAUGUUGUACUGCCACUGUCCUGUGAAAAGUCUUUGUGUGUCGUGUGUCAUUUGUGGUCAUUUAUGUUAAACUGUAUAAACAAGGCAUAUUGAGUAUAUGGUUAGUCUUGUCCAAAAACUAUAAUUGUCCCCAAAGUUAAAUAGAAUGCUCCUUGAAUUUGGGUAAAUUUAUGGGUGCAGAUAAAUUGGUAGCCUUUGAGACUGCCUGCUUGAUUAUGCUGAUUUGUGACAAUUUAGAUUCUUGUAAAAAGUAGAUUUUGAAAAUUAUAUACUUUGGGUUUUUUUGUUUUUUAAGUCUGCUUUUAAUACUUUAGUCUUGAGGUUUUAUUUUUUUUAUUCAAGAUUCCUAUAGAUUAAUCACUGAACACUACAAUCAGGGAAUUAAGUCUCCAGGUAAUAUUUAGACCAGUACUACUGUUUCUUUAAUCACUGUGUGGAAUGCCACAUUUCAUAACUUCAUGCCAGCAUUUAAGGAAUGUGUAUGCCAGACAUACUGGAAUCACUGUAAUUAACAAUCAGGGAUCAAUAGAAAAACAAAGGGAUCAGAGUUACAAAUGAAAUACAGAAACUGUGAUCACAUUAUGCACAAGUGGAAAUAUAAUUAUUGUUCUGUACUAGUUUGUGUAUAUUUUUGUAAUUUAUUUUCAAAUGGAGGAAUGUAUUUUUGUAUUUGGUUUGUAGAUGUUAUGAAACCAUGGCAGCUCAAUUUAUUUGAUAAAACUGUAAUUUACCGUUUGUCCAUUUCAAUGCUGAAGGAAAAAAAUAAAUAAAAUAAAGCUGAUUGGAA